AUGUCAGGUCUGUAUAAUCCCAACUUCUCCCCUGCCAGAGCUGCUUCUCCACAGAUUAGAAGCACCCCAGACGUUGACAGUCCGUAUUUACAAGAGCUGUUGGCAGAGCAUCAAAAGCUUGGACCUUUCGUGCAAGUCCUUCCGAUAUGUAACCGACUGUUAAACCAAGAGAUAUUUCGCGUGUCAGGAAUGAUGUCCAACCAAGGAUUUGGUGACUUUGACCGGAUGAGGCAUAGAAGCCCCAGUCCCAUGGCUUCUUCAAACCUUAUGUCAAAUGUUUCGGGGACAGGAUUAGGUGGCUGGAAUAGUCUUCCUCAAGAGAGACUAAGUGGACCUCCUGGGAUGACAAUGGACUGGCAAGGUGCACCAGCAAGCCCUAGUUCAUACACUGUGAAGAGGAUUUUGCGUCUUGAAAUUCCUGUUGAUACAUAUCCAAAUUUCAAUUUUGUUGGGCGACUUCUAGGCCCUAGAGGCAAUUCAUUAAAGCGGGUAGAAGCUACUACUGGCUGCCGUGUAUACAUUAGAGGCAAAGGAUCAAUAAAGGAUCCAGACAAGGAAGAUAAGCUCAGAGGCAGACCUGGCUAUGAGCACCUGAAUGAUCCACUCCACAUCUUAAUUGAGGCUGAUUUACCUGCUAAUAUUGUUGAUAUAAGGCUUAGACAGGCACAGGAAAUCAUCGAGGAAUUACUCAAACCUGUGGAUGAGUCGCAAGAUUUUAUCAAGAGGCAGCAGUUGCGUGAACUGGCAAUGCUAAACUCGAAUUUCAGAGAGGAGAGUCCUGGUCCAAGUGGUAGCGUUUCUCCUUUUAAUUCCAGUGGAAUGAAACGUCCCAAAACAGGACGCUGAGAGUUCAACCUUAAAGAUGUUUCUACCCUGCUCCAGAAUUCAAAGCCAAGUAUACCAUCUGAUACAUAUCAGUUGAGCACAACUUGAAAAGAUUAGGCUAACAGUUCUUGCUAGUGAGCUUUCUGGUGGGUUUUUCAUUGUUAAUUGUUUUGCGUUUCAAACAAGAGAAAAACAAAAAGUGAAAAAAAGGAAGAAAAACAUAAAAAAAAAAAGAGAAUUAUAUAGUUGGUUCUGGCAGUUUAGGCUUGGUGAGGUCAGUUUUCCUUUAAACUCAAUACAUUCAUUGGAUUUAUUCUUGUGUUAGUGGCUAUAAGGAGUGUGCAAUAUAUAUUUAUAUCUGUUCCAAGCAAUAGGUCUGGUCAGGUCGGAUCGAGUUUUGUAGGUGUGUCAUUUUUGUUGUUCCUUUUGUAGUUUAUAUGAAGCAUAGAAAUGUAAGUUGGGUCUAUAUUCUUUCUUCGCAUGGAUGUUCAUCUUCUCUCUUCAGUCACACUUGAAUGUAGUUAGAAAUGUCACUUGAGAGAUUAUUAUGAUUUAUUGUGGACCAUGCACAAGCAGCAUUUGAACCUCCCUUGAUGGCUGGAUGAAGCCUUGAAUUUGUAUCUUUAAAGCUUUAAUGAAGAAAAUUUGUUUAAUAUUCUCAGGUUGUCAUCUGUUGCUUUGCAGCCUUUGCACAAUGCGGCAUAUGCCAAAAGAAAAAGGAAAUUGGAAAGUAACAUUGGAUCCAACAUUCUUCAUAUAUUCCUUAUCAAGUUGUUAAGAUAAGCGACUCGCUUUUCGCUGAUUCAGGAUUUUAAGAAAUCAAAGCAUGGGGUUUGAUUCAUUAAUUUUAUAUGCCAACUACAACUAGGGAAGAGAGUUUUGGAUGGUGGCAGGGAGUAGGACUAGGAUUACAAUUCUGGAUUUAGGAGCAGAAAACGUUAGUUUUCAGGUGAGCAAGUGAAUGCCCAACUAAGGAAAAGAAACGAACAUGGCUGACACUCCAAUGCUCAUGUGCUGCUGGCCUGAGAGCAUUGCACUGCUUCUCUUCUCAUCUCAGGAGUCCUUUACCCUCGGAAGACAUGCCAGAUCACCCAACCCUGUCCAAACAAUGACAUUCCAACUUAAACUUUGAACUCUUUUCUGGAGUCUAAAUUAAUAUCACUAGCCAGUUUCGAUCCUUGACAGUUUUUAAAUGCAAAAACUAUAUAUGUAUUAUUAGUAUGGUAGAGUUAUCAUAUAGGAGGACCGGCUGACCCGACCAGGCCAUGCCAUGCCAUGCCAUCAGUCCAGUUCCUAUGUUGGAUUCGAUAAGUAAAUAAGCAGCUAAGGGGAUUACUGUUUUUUGAAAUAAUGUUGAGGCAAAUAGAACAAAAUCGACACAAAAUGGAAUUGAAUUGUUGGAUUACUGUUGAAGGGGAUAGAAAGAAUGAACUGACAGUCACCCAUCUCUCUUCAGGGAGAUAACGAUAAAAAUACCAAGGGAGUGAAUA